AUGGCUGACUCCCUUCUCCAUCUUACUAGUACGAUAUCUCCCACGUCGGAGGAGGACACAGUUGUGCAUCUUGGGAGGGACUCUACAAGAUCGAUGAUAGAAAAAUCGGAUAUGUGCCUUGUUGGCAAGUUACUCACUCGUAGGCCGUUUAACUUUGAUACCAUGAAGAGUACUCUGUUAUCUGUGUGGCAACCCACCAAAGGAAUGCAGGUGCGAGUCAUUGGCGACAACUUGUUUUUUUUCGUGUUUGGUCAUGUUGUGGAUAAACAGUGCGUAUUAUUGAAUGACCCUUGGACGUUCGAUAAGCACCUUUUAAUGUUGGGAGAGAUGGAUCCCAACAUUCCACCAUCUGACAUUCGAUUGACACCGGUGCAAUUCUGGGUGCAUGUUUGCAACCUUCCUCUAAUUCUUAUGAAUAAAGAGGUUGGUCAAAUAAUUGGCAAUUCUGUUGGGCAGUUUAUUGAUAUGGAUUUUGAAGAUGAUGGCAUUGCAUGGGGAAGAACAAUGCGGAUUCGGAAGGCUAUUGAUGUUUGGAAGCCUCUACGGCCGGGGAUGAAAUUAUCUUUGUCCUCUGCAGAUCCUCUCUGGGUGGAUUUCAAAUAUGAGCGCCUUCCGAUAUUUUUCCAUUUUUACGGAAUGCUAGGCCAUAGCGAUCGAGAAUGUGUUGCCAAACUCUCUUCUGCAGACGAAACUCUGGUUGAUGUGCAGUAG